UCAAACGAAUAGGAACUUUUCUACGUCAAAGAAGAGGGUCUCCUACAGCGCCAAUGCCGAAACAGUAACCGUGUGUUUUUAGUGUUUUUUUGAACCAAAAAAUAGCCGAAAAAAACUUUGUUAAAUUAUUACAGUUUUGUUUAUUGAAAUCUUUAAGUUUUUGUUUAAACUGUUGCUUAUUUUCUUAUUGGAAAAUACAUUUAUUAUUUUCGCUAAGCUAAAUGUGUGUUGAAACAUAAUUGAAAAUUACACGAAACGCGCUCAAGAAAGAACACGAAAAUUCAAAAAAACAAAAAAAAAAUUUUAGUGAGAAAUUAAAAUAACGGUCGACCAAACAGUUGCGUCAACCCUCUUUGCUUAUCGCUACAAUCUUUCAACUGCCACGCAGCACACGACACUUACUAAGAACCAGCAACCAACUGCCCAGAGACAACCACCAGCAACCAACUGGUAAUAGGCAACAGCAACCAGCCGUCAACUGCCAAAAACCAACAGUAACAGCAACUACCGAAAAAUGUCUUUCUCUAAAGCCAAACUAAAACGCUUCAAUGACGUCGAUGUCGAUUGCGCCAACUCACCCGCAGCCGCGCGCUUGGUCACUGACGCCUGCACAGUUAAUACACCGAGCAAAUGUAUAAAUGCCGUCACCGCCGCUACAACAACCACCAACAGUAUAGCGGCGACCAGCACAGGACACCCCGAACGCAAAGAGCAGAUCGAGAAAUUCUUUAAAGACGCCGUGCGUUUCGCCACCAACAGCAAGGAGGCCAAGGAGUUCGCCAUACCGAAGGAUGGCGCGGUGAAGGACGACAAAAAGUCAAAAGGUUUGCGACUCUUUCGCACGCCAUCCCUGCCGCAACGUUUACGCUUUCGACACAAUCCAACCGAGGCAAGUACAUUAAAUGCCGCCAACAACAACAAUGGUGGUACCGCCAGUUCUACACCCUUGCAUUCGGCCACCACAACACCGGUGAAGGAUGCGACCAAGUCGGGCGGUAGUCGCCUUAAAGGUAAAGAGGCGCUACAGCAAGAGAUACGCAAAAAGAAUGAGCUCCUCGAAAGCUAUAUGAGUCAGAUUGAUGUGCUCAAGCGCCAUGUGGAACAACUGAAGGAGACGGAGCAGAAAUUGCGUGAGGAGAAUGCUAGUGUUGUGGCGAAAACCGAAAAUCUAAUACAUGCACUACAAACGGAAAAUGUGUCGCACAAAGAGUUGAAUGAUCGACUGAGCGCCGAAAAUGUGGCGCUCACAGAGAGUUGCAACAAAACGGCGCAGGAGAUGAAUAUGCUCAUAGCGCGUCAUACUGAUGAGUUGGCGGAAUUGCAAGCUUUUAUCGACGAGCUGAAGUCACAGAAUGCCACGCUGCAGCAAGAGGCACAGCAACAAUGUCUUGAAGAGAAAAUCAAACAGCAUAGAAUCGACGCGUUGCAGCUGGAUAUCAGUGAGGCGCGCGAGAAGCUUGCAACACACGAAGAGCGCGCACAAAAAGACACUGAACUCAUACAGAAUUUGCGCAACACGAAUGAGUCGUUUAGUCGGGACUUGGCUGAAUUGCAGAAGCAAAUCGAACGCGAUGCUUUGGCGUACGCGCAAGAGCACAAGAUCACACAAAACGAAAUGGAGUGUCUGAAGAAGGAGCGCAGCACUUUGAAAAAUGACUUGGCAAGCAAAUGUGAGCUCAUCAAGUCGCUGCAGGAUGAGCUGUUGGAUAAGAAUUGCGAGAUCGAUGCGCAUUGCGACACCAUACGUCAGUUGUGUCGCGAAAAGGCGAAGCUGUUGGAGAAAGAGCAACUGAUUGAGACCGCCGAAGAGAAGGUGCGCAGCGCUGAGGAACAGGCGGAGCAGAAAGUACAGAAACUCGAAUCCGAUUUGGAGAAUGCGCUGGAACGUGAGAAGCAGUAUUGGCGCGCCGAACUCGAUAAGCGUCAGAAAUUGGCCGAAAACGAGAUUAUAAAAGUGGAGUUGGAAAAGCAAGACGUUAUGGUCUUGCUGGAGACCACCAAUGACAUGUUGCGCGACCGCGAUGAGAAGAUACAAAAAUACGAAGAGCAAAUACGCAAUGGCAUCGAUUAUUACAUCCAACUGACGGAUACAUUGCAAAAACAAGUUGUUGAUUUGAAACAAGAUAUGGCGAAAGUCAUUACCGAAAAGUACAACUAUCAAUUAACAUUGAGUAAUACACGUUCCACGGUUAAUAUAUUGAUGGAACGUUUGAAGAAAUCCGAUGCGGAUGUCGAACAAUUCCGCGCCGAACUGGAAUCAGUGCAGCUGGCUAAGGGCGCAUUGGAGGAAAGCUAUUUGACGCUGCAAGCUGAAUUGGAGACGAUGCGCAAUAAUCACGCUGAAGCCGAGACCGCAUUGAAGACACUAUGCCAGUCGUCGCAAACACUACAACAAGAGGUAUCUAUUAAAGAGCACCUAUUCAAUGAUAUAAUCACCUCGGAAGAGGACACUUUGGCAAAAUUCAAUAAAAUUGCUACCUCAUUCCAGGAGCGCAUCAAUACGACAGAUGUCGCACACUACCUGGACAUGUACAAUGAGCUGAAGCGCAAGGACGAAUCACGUGAGCUGUAUAUGCAGGAUAUGAAGAAGGCACUGGACGAAUUCGCCACCGUGCUGCAAUUUGCACAAUUGGAACUUGACAGCAAAGAGAAAUCACUGCACAAAGUGCGCGACGAAUGUGAACAACUAAAAUUGGAGAAUAUCGCGCUCAAGUCUAAAGUCGAAGAGGGCAUCACAAAGCGUGAGAAUAGCACAGAUUUGGAAAAGAUCGAAGAUCUACUCAUCGAUACCGAGUUGCGCGCUGAAUGUGAUAAGAUCGCCUCUUGGCUAUUGAGCUCAUCCAGCAGCGAUAAAUGUGUACGCACCGAGAGCAGCAAUGAAAUCAACGACUUAUUGAAACCAGCCACGCCAAAUAGCACCAAGAAGUCGCGCAGCAGCAUGACACCAUCAUCACCCGCCAACAAGACGAUAACACUAUCGACCGCACCCGGAUCUAAUGUUGGCACACCACGUACACCGCGUACGCCAAAGACACCGCGCACACCACGCACCACACCCAAGAAGACCGUACUUUUCCCAGGCAAAGAGAAUAUAUGCAGUCCGCAGAAGCAAGUGCUGAAGGCGCGUAAUAUGUAGGCGGGUGUGGGGAUGAUUGAGACGAGACCAAGUCCACACUUUGGUCGAUUUCACUUAUGUAAGAAACUUUGCAUUGCUUGUGAGAUUUAUUUAUUUUUUUAAAUAAAUAUUUACCAUUUACAUUAAACAUUGAA